GGGCGGGCGGGGCAGGGCGAGGGCGGGCGGCAGGACCUACUUUCCUCUGGAAAUGGCCGCGCCGGGAGCACCGAACGCCCCGCGCCCCGAGGCCCGUCGGCGUAGGGCGGCCGCGGGGGCCGCGGCCCCCCCAGGGACGCCGGAGGCAGGAUGGACGAACAGAAGGCGCCCAGCGAGGAGAAGGACGCGGCCGCGCCAGCUGAUGGGGCCGUGGCCUCAGAGGAGAUGGGCAGCGCAGAGGGGGACCCCCUGAAACCUCCCGAAGGAGCCUCCGCGGGGCCGGAGCCGGAGAGCACGGACACGAAGGGACCUCCCGAGACUGGCAGCCUGCCAGGCCGCCGCUGCGCCCUCUGCAACUGUGGGGACUGGAGCCCGCACGGGCAGUGGGAGCUGCAGCGCUUCGAGCCGGUGCCCGACUGGCCCGUGGGCAGCAACCCCCCCGAGGGGCCUGGCCAGCCCCCCCCGGGGUCCAGCCAACCCUCCACGGAGCCAGAGCUGACGGGCGAUGACCUGGCACAGAUCGGCUUCUCCGAGGGGGUGACCCCGGCGCAGCUCUUCGAGCCGACAGGGCACUGCUGGGUGCACCGCUGCUGUGCGGCCUGGGCGGCCGGCGCGGGGCCGGAGGCGGCCGCUGUGGCCAGAGCUGUUUUCUCAGGGAUCUCACAGAAAUGUGAACGCUGCGGGCGGGUGGGGGCCACCAUCCCGUGCCGGGCGGCCGCCGGCUGCUCCCGCCUCUACCACUUCCCCUGCGCCACCGCCAGCGGCUGCUUCCAGUCCACGAAGACCCUGCGGCUGCUCUGCCCCGAGCACGUGGCCGAGGCCCUGCAGAUGGAGGACGCGCAGUGCCGCGUGUGCGCCGGGCCGGGCGACCUGCGGGACCUGCUGCUGUGCACGGGCUGUGGGCAGCACUUCCACGGCGCCUGCCUGGACACGGCCCCGACGCCCCGCGGGUGCUUGGGCUGGCAGUGCCCUGAGUGCAGAGCGUGCCAAACCUGCAGGCAGCCCGGCCAGGACUCCACCAUGCUGGUCUGCGAGGCCUGUGGCAAGGGCUACCACACCUUCUGCGUGGAUCCAGCCAGCCAGGGCCUCCCUGCCGGCUCCUGGAAGUGCAAGAACUGCCGGGUCUGCUCCAAGUGUGGCCGGUGCCCUGUGGGGCUCAACCCUGGCUGCCAGGGGUCCGUGGUGUGUGGGGGCUGCACUGCAGCCGAUGCCCCCGUGGCACCAGGAUGCUCACCACAGCCUGACCCGCCUGCCCAGACGUUGGAGCCUCCCAGCUGCAGCGAGCCGAAGGAUGUGCCCGUCCCCCCACCUGAGCUGGAGCCUGUGGGGGGUGAUGAGGAGAUACAGCCCCUCCCAGACCUCAAGGAGGCACCCCUGGACCACAGGGAGGCACCCUCAGAACUGAAGGACGCACUUCUGGACCCCAGGGAGGAGGCCCCCCUGGGUGACAGCGGGUCUCCUCCUGGCGAGCUGACCCCUGUGGAGGUGCCCUGUAGUGAACAACCCCUUGAGGAAAUGCCCCCUGACAUUCAGCCCCCCGACAUUCAACCUUCUGACAUGCAGUCCUCCGACAUUCAGCCUCCCGACGUGCAGCCCCCCAGCAUUCAGCCCCCUGACGUGCAGCCCUCUGAGGAGCCCCCUCCUCUCGUGUUGCCCCCCUCGGAGAACCCCCUGGAGGAACUGCCCCUCGAGAGACCAUCCCUUGCUGAGCUGCCCCCUGACAGGCCCCCCCUCGAGGAGGUGCUCCCCAGUGAACGACCCCCUGAUGAGCUGCCCCUCGACAUCCCUCCCCUCAGCGAGCUGCCCCCUGAGGACCCACCCCUCGAGAAGUCGCCCCCCCACGAGCUGCCUCCUGAGGAGCUGCCCCCUGAAGAGCUGCCCCCUGAGGAGCUGCCCAUCAACGAAUCAUCCCCUGACGAGCUGCCCCCCAAUGAGUCACCCCCCAAAUCUCCCCCCAACGAGCUGCCCCUUGAAGAGCUGCCCCCUGAGGAGCUGCCCCCCAAUGAACCACCUCCUGACGAGCUGCCCCCCAAUGAAUCAACCCCUGAUGAGCUGCCCCCCGAGGAACCUCUUCCCGAAGUGCUGCCCCCUGAAGAGCCUCCCCCCGACAAACUGAGCCCCGAAGAGCCUCCCCCUGAUGAGCUUCCCCCUGAAGAGCCACUCCCCAGUGAGCUGCCCUCCGAGGAGGACCUGAAGCCACCAGGUCUCCUUCCUGAGGUGGCAGUGGCAGAGGAAGCACCAGCCCUGGCUCCGGAGGUGCCCCCCGAGGAGGAGAUGGAGAUGGAGCUGGAGCCGGAGCCCUUGCUGCCCCCCGAGAUGACCCCUCCGCCCUCAGCUCCCCCAGCUCUCCGCGCCAUCUCUCCUGCGCGCCCCCCAGCCCCCUCCCCGGACGCCAAGGAGGACGAGGUGCCCGAGCCUCCCACCCCAGCCCUGCCCGAGCCCCCUGGCAGCCCUGGCACUGCCAUGGACACCGAGCCCCCCGGCUCCCCACCACCCCCCCUGGGCUCCCCUGUCGUCACCCUGACCCCCGCCGAGCCCCCCGAGGAUGAGGAGAUGGAGACGGCCGGUGGUGAGGGGGAGUCCCCAACCAGCCCCCCUGGAGAUGCCCCUGGCAGCCCAGCCCCAGAGCUGGGGCCCUUCCCAGGCCUGCCCGAGGAGGAGGAAGAGGAGGAGGAAGAGGCACCGAGGCUGGAGCGGGAGGGCACCAGCGGCAGCUCCCCACCGCUGAGCGAGGAGGAUGCGGUGGAGGAAGGCCGGGCCGGGGGGGACCCCGAAGCCAAGGUCCCCCUGCUCCUGGAGACGGAGGAGCUGGGCCCCGAGACCCCCAUGGAGGUGUGCACUGGCGGCGAGAAGCUGCUGGGGCGCGGGGACGAGGGGUGCCCCGAGCCCCCCGCCCUGCGCCCGCGGCCCGACAUCCUCAACGAGAUCUCCAACCUGAGCCAGGGGGACACGAGCAGCAGCUUUCCCGGCUCGGAGCCGCUGCUGGGCUCCCCGGACCCCGAGGGCGGGGGGUCGCUGUCCCCCGAGCUGGGCCCGGCCUCGGCCGACGCCAGCCUGCAGAAGGAGGACGGGGGUUCGCUGCCCUUGGGCGCUGAGACCGACGACUCGCUGCUGUUCGAGCCGGCAGCCAAGGGCGACGGGGACAAGGGCCGGCGCCGCAGCUCCCCGGGGCGCUCCCGGGUCAAGCAGGGUCGCAGCAGCAGCUUCCCUGGGCGGAGGCGCCCUCGAGGUGGGUCCCACGGGGGCCGGGGCCGGGGCCGUGCGCGCCUGAAGUCGACCACCUCGUCCGUUGACACUUUAGCACUCGCCGAUGUGGAGAGCUCGCCCAGCAAGGAGGAGGACGAGGACGAUGACGACACCAUGCAGAACACAGUCGUCCUCUUCUCCAACACCGACAAGUUUGUGCUCAUGCAGGACAUGUGCGUGGUGUGUGGCAGCUUUGGGCGUGGGGCCGAGGGGCACCUCCUCGCCUGCUCCCAGUGCUCCCAGUGCUACCACCCCUACUGUGUCAACAGCAAGAUCACCAAGGUGAUGCUGCUGAAGGGCUGGCGCUGCGUGGAGUGCAUCGUGUGCGAGGUGUGCGGCAAAGCCUCGGACCCCUCGCGCCUGCUGCUCUGCGACGACUGCGACAUCAGCUACCACACGUACUGCCUGGACCCCCCGCUGCAGACCGUGCCCAAGGGCGGCUGGAAGUGCAAGUGGUGUGUGUGCUGUGUGCAGUGCGGGGCCGCGUCCCCCGGGUUCCACUGCGAGUGGCAGAACAACUACACCCACUGCGCGCCCUGUGCCAGCCUCGUCGUGUGCCCCUUCUGUCGCGAGAAGUACGUGGAGGACGACCUGCUCAUCCAGUGCCGGCACUGCGAUCGGUGGCUGCACGCGGCGUGCGACAGCCUCUUCACCGAGGAGGAGGUGGAGCAGGCUGCGGAUGAAGGCUUCGACUGCAGCGCCUGCCAGCCCUAUGUGAUCAAACCUGCGCCCGUGCCUCCCGCAGAGAUGGUCAAGGCCAAGGAUCCGGAGCCCCAGUAUUUCCGCUUCGAGGGCGUGUGGCUGACGGAGACAGGCAUGGCCGUGCUGCGCAACCUGACCCUGUCGCCCCUGCACAAGCGGCGGCAGCGCAAGGGCCGCCCCGGCGCCCUCAACGGGGAUGGGGGGCUCGAGGGGGGCGACCCCCUGGGCCCCGAGGACAAGAAGGACGGAGACCUGGACACCGAUGAGCUGCUCAAGGCCGAGGUGGGUGUGGAGCACAUGGAGUGCGAGAUCAAGCUGGAGGCUCCGGCCACCCCCGACCGCGACGUCGGCGCCGACGGGGACUCGGGGAAGGGGCUGGAGGACCCUGAGGAGUGCAAGAAGAGGAAGCGCAAGCCGUACCGGCCCGGCAUCGGUGGGUUCAUGGUGCGGCAGCGCAAGUCCCACACGCGGCUCAAGAAGGUGCCGGCGGUGCUGGCGGACGUGGGGCGUGAGGGGCUGAGCGCUGAGGGGCACCCCGAGGACGGGGCUCCGGGCGAUGUCCCGGCCGAGGCCGGCCUGGAUCCAGGUUCAGGAGAGGGGGAUGAGAAGAAGAAGCGCCGGGGACGGAAGAAAAGCAAGUUGGAGGACAUGUUCCCCCCGUACCUGCAGGAGGCGUUUUUCGGGAAGGCGCUGAUGGACCUGAGCCGGAAGGCGCUGCUGGCAGCGGGCGGGGUGGGGGACGGGGCCGCCCGCCCCUCCCUGGGCCAGAGCGCCCCAAGGCCCAAGGGGGACCCCAACCUGGCUGGGGCACUGCAGGGAGCCCCCCCGGACAGGAGGGAGACCCCCACCCACCCCCGAGGGGAUGACAGCACUGAUGGCAGCGCCGCCGCUCCCGAUGACGAUGGCAAGGAUGAUGCAAAGGCCGAGGACCUGGGGGCCGAUGAGCCAAAGGAUUCCCCAGACCCUGGGGAUGCCGAGAAACCAGCCACCCCAGGGGAGGGAGCGCUGAGCUCUGACCUUGACAAGAUCCCUACGGAAGAGCUGCCCAAGAUGGAGAGCAAAGAUGUGCAGCAGCUCUUCAAGGACGUGCUGGGCUCGGCGGAGCGGGGGGAGCAGCCCCUCAACUGUGUGGCCGGGGGGAUGGAGGCCGGGCAGGACCCCGGCCGGGCACAGCGCCCCUUCCUGCAGGGAGACCUCCAGCUCUCGGGGCAGGGGAGCGUUUCCCUGGGCUCGCUCUCUGGAUCCGUCUCCUUGGACUCGUAUUCAGGGGUCUGCCAGUCCCCGUUCCUUGACAGCAGGGAGCGGAGCGGCUUCUUCAGCCCAGACCACUGCGAGCCCGAGAGCCCCUGGGCCAGCAGCUCGGCCGCCACCACCCCCUCGACCCCCACAACGCCCACGACAGAGGGGGAGGGCGAUGGCCUGUCCUACAACCAGCGUAGCCUCCAGCGCUGGGAGAAGGACGAGGAGCUGGGCGAGCUCUCCACCAUCUCCCCCGUCCUCUACGCCAACAUGAACUUCCCCAACCUCAAGCAGGAUUAUCCAGACUGGUCGAGCCGCUGCAAGCAGAUCAUGAAGCUCUGGAGGAAGGUCCCUGCCACGGACAAAGCCCCGUAUUUGCAAAAGGCCAAAGAUAACCGGGCGGCUCAUCGCAUCAACAAGGUGCAGAAGCAGGCCGAGAGCCAGAUCAACAAGCAGACCAAAGGGGAGGGACUGCGCAAGCCGGAGAGGCCCUCGCUGCACCUGCGGAUCCCGGUGCCGCCGGGGGCACAGCCCGUCUACAUCAGCAGCCCCCCCGCCGCCGGAGAGGGCUUCCUGAAGCCCCCGGCGGGCACCGGAGCGGGGCCGGAGUCUCCCAGCGAGCUUUUCCUCAAGCUCCCGCCCCAGUCCCCCGCCCAAGUGCCUUCGCACGACCCCUACGGCGCCUACGCGCUGGAGCCCCGCUUCCCCUCGCCCCUGGGCCAGAGCCCCACGGCGGGCGCUGCCUUCCAGCCCUUCCCUGGCCAGUCCCAGCCCCUCACCGCCCCCCGCGCCCCCAGACUUCCACCCCACGCCCCCGGAACCCCCCGGCACCAGCCCGGCACCCCAGACCCUUUCCUGAAGCCCCGGUGCCCCUCCUUGGACAACCUCUCGAUGCCGGGGAGCCCCGGGGCGCGGCCCCCCGAGGCCCUGCUCUCUCCCCUGCCUUUCGGGGAGCAGAAGAAGGGUCUGGAGGUGAAGAAGGAGGAAGGGGGGAGCCUGGAGGUCUGCUCGCCCGGCUACGCUUCUGCCAUGGGCUACGGGGACUCCCCGGGCGGCCCCCACCUCUCGGCUGGGGAGCUGAAGGCGGCCGACGUCUUCAAAGCCCCCAUGACCCCACGGGUCUCUCAGGUAGAGCCGCAGAGCCCGGGGCUGGGGCACCGGCCCCGACCCCACCCCUGGCCCCUCGCCCCUGGCCACCCCGAUCUCUACCGCCAGUCCCCCUACCUAGACCCCUACUCACAGCCCCCACUGACGCCCCGGCUGCAGCCCCCCGAGGCCUGCUGCGCCCUCCCGCCCCGCUCCCUACCCUCUGAGCCCUUCUCCCGCGUCCCUGCCAGCCCCCAGUCCCAGUCCAGCUCCCUCCCCCUCACCCCCCGCCCGCUCUCCAAUGAAGCCUUCUGCCAGUCCCCUGUCACCCCCCGCUUCCAGUCCCCAGAUCCCUACUCCCAGCCGCCCUCCCGGCCCCAGUCCCGGGACCCCUUCACCCCCCUGCACAAGCCCCCCCGGCCGCAGAUGCCGGACCCGGGUUUCAAGUCUGGUGGGGGUUUUGGGGGCGCCCCGGUGGGUGAGCCCCACGCCAAGGCACCGGCGGGGCCGCAGCCGCCCUUCGCUCGCUCCCCCGGCGCCAGCGUCUUCCCGGGCGGCCAGACCCCCAUGCGCUUCACCUUCCCCCCGGCCGUCUCCGAGCCGCUCAAGGGCUCCCCGUCCCACCAGCCCCAUGGGAUCAACAGCCAUUAUGGCUCUGGGAAGCCCCAGAGCUCGGCCUACGCCUCAUCCCCCGGCUUCCACCAGGCGGGCAGCCCCCUGGGCCCGGGCACGGCUGCCCCCGACACCUACAGCCUCUCGCCCCUGCGGCCCCCGUCGGUGCUGCCGCCGCAGCCCCCGGCCCCGCCUCAGCAGCAGGAUCCUUCUGGAACCUUCCUGCCCCGCGCCACGCUGGGACCCACGGCCGACAAGAGGGAGGAGGCGGCCGUGGGGCUCUCGGCACCCCCGAACCGGGACCUGGCAGAGCUGCCUGGCGGCCAGGACGGGGCCCUCGGCACCAUGAGCCAGUCGGAGCUGGAGAAGCAGCGGCAGCGCCAGCGGCUCCGGGAGCUGCUCAUCCGGCAGCAGAUCCAGCGGAACAGCCUGCGCCAGGAAAAGGAGAGUGCAGCUGCUGCCGCCACCUCCUCACCCGCCGCCUGGACCCCCGAGGCCGCCGGGCAGGGCUUCGAGAUGAGCCGGGGCAUGGCCCCCUACCAGCCAGCACAGGACAAGGGGCUCCUCGGGACGUUGGCCACAGCGGCUGGCGCUGGGAAGCUGCCCGGCUCCGUCAUGGUGCAGGCGGCGUUUCCCCAGGACGAGCGGCUCUCCCGGCCCCCACCGGCGGCCACUCCAGCCACGCUGGACAUCAACGGGCGGGCAACGGUGGGGCCUCCCCAGGCCUUCUACCCCCGUGGGGUCUUCCCGGCGCCAUCCCCUCAGCAGCAGCAGCAGCAGCACCUCUGGCAGCAGCAGCAGCAACAGGCGGCCGUGGCAGCCCUGCGGCUCCCUGUGACCUCCCGCUUCGCCCCCCCGGCCACCGGGACCCCCAUGGGCAGCCUGGGCACCCGCCUGCCCGCCCCCACCGAGGCUGUGCCCCCGCUGUCCACCACCCUGGGCGCUCCCUUCAUCGAGCUGCGGCACAACGUGCAGAAGGGACCGGGGGGCAUGGGGUCCCCCUUCGCCCCCCAGGCACCCCGGCCUCGCUUCUUCCUGCCCGGGGAGGAGGGCACCCCCCAGGCCCUCUGCACCCCCGUCGUGCCCAUGCAGGCGCUGCCGCCCCAGAAAGUUCCGCCGCUCCCGCCCGCGUCCCCGCAGGGAGCAGAGAUGGGCAACAGCCACCAGCAGCCUCACGGCAAGGCGGCCCCCCCGCCACUGCCAGCCCCCACCCUGGAGCUGCAGCACGUGCCCCCCCGCCCGCUGUCCUCGGGCACUGCCCUCCGCCCCGAGGGUCCCAAGGAUGGCCCCGCUCCAGACCCGGCGCCAGCCCCAGGGAAGAGCCACCUGAGCCUGGAGGGGGCACGGCUGCCCUGCGAGGUGCCCGUGGAGCCCGAUUUGGACGACGACUUCGGCUCCCACAAGGACUUGGAAGAUGACGACGAUUUGGCCAACCUGAGCCUGGAUCCGGACGUGGCCAAAGGGGACGAUGACUUGGACAACCUGGACAGCCUGGAGACAGCAGACCCCCACCUCGACGACCUGCUGAACGGUGACGAGUUCGACCUGCUGGCCUACACCGACCCCGAGCUGGACACCGGGGACAAGAAGGACAUCUUCAACGAGCACCUGCGCCUGGUCGAGUCGGCCAACGAGAAAGCCGAGCGUGAGGCCCAGCUUAAGACGGAGCCACCAGCACCCACCUUGAAGCUCCCCGACCCUGGGGACAGCAAAGAUGUGACCCCAUCUGUGGAGAACCAGGAGGUGCCCAAGGAAGGGCUGGUGCCCAGUGCGAGCUUGGGGCCCUCUGCCUGCCCCAUGGGCACCGUGCUGGCCCCUGACCCAGCUUUCAAGGUGCAGGGUGCGGAGGCAAAGCCCGGCUCGCUGCCCACCGAGGUGAAGCCCAAGCUGGAGGAUGGUUGCCUGAAGACCUCGCCCUGCCAGUUCACCGGCCCCGAGCGGCUCCCGGUGCCCGUCAAGUCAGAGGGGCUGCAGGGCACCGACAAGAUCUCUGCCUCGCUGGGGCUGAGCCUCAAACCCAGCCAGAGCCUCCUGAGCCCCAGCGCCGGCCCUGCUCGUCUCGGCCUGACUCAGUUCCCCAGCAGCGGCCACGCCGGUGUCCCCGUGCCGGACAAGGACCCCUACGCUGCCCCCGGCCGUGGGCUGGCCCCUGCCCAGCUGGGCAGCCAGAGCAACCCCUUGCUGGAGAAGUUUGAGCUGGACAGCGGAGCGCUGGGGCUGGGCAGUGCCCGGCACUCGCCAGCGGAUGACCUGGACAAGAUGGAGAGCUCGCUGGUGGCCAGUGAGCUGCCUCUGCUCAUCGAGGACCUGCUGGAGCACGAGAAGAAGGAGCUGCAGAAGAAGCAGCAGAUGUCAGCCCACCUGCCCCGCGGCACCCCCCACCUCCCGGCCCCGGGGCACCCCGUGCUGCACACGGGGGCGGCUGGGCAGCCCCCCGAGGGGCAACCGCCCCGCCUGGGCGCCCCUCACCCCCUCCAGCUGGGGCUGGUGGCCCGGCCACCACUGAUGCCGCCGCAGCCCCCCCGGCUCGGCGCACCCCAGCAGGGCCCGGCGCUGGCCCCCCACAUGGGCAUGGCCUCGGGACAGCCCCACGUGCUGGCGUCCCCCCAUGGGGUACAGGUGGCCCUGGGGCAGCCGCAGCAGAGCCAGCAGCAGGUGCUGGUGCAGAAGCCUAUGGCUGGGGUACAGCCCCCCACCCUGGGCCUGAAGCCCCCCCAGCUUGUCAUGCAGCAGCAGUUGGCCAACAGCUUCUUCCCAGACACAGACCUGGACAAGUUUGCGGCUGAGGACAUCAUGGACCCCAUUGCCAAGGCCAAGAUGGUGGCACUGAAGGGCAUCAAGAAGGUGAUGGCUCAGGGCAGCAUUGGGGUGGCCCCAGGCAUGAACAGGCAACAAGUUUCCCUGCUGGCCCAGCGGCUCUCGGGGGGCCCAGCAGUCUCUGAGAUGCAGAACCACUUGCUGGCAGGGAGCGGGCAGGAGCGAAGCGGCACAGACCCAACCCAGGCUCGCCCCAACCCACCCACCUUUGCACAGGGUGUCAUCAACGAGGCCGACCAGCGGCAGUACGAGGAGUGGCUGUUCCACACGCAGCAGCUGCUGCAGAUGCAGCUGAAGGUGCUGGAGGAGCAGAUCGGGGCUCACCGCAAGUCCCGCAAGGCGCUCUGUGCCAAGCAGCGCACAGCCAAGAAGGCCGGCAGGGAGUUCCCCGAGGCCGAUGCCGAGAAGCUGAAGCUGGUGACGGAGCAGCAGAGCAAGAUCCAGAAGCAGCUGGACCAGGUGCGGAAGCAGCAGAAGGAACACACCAACCUCAUGGCCGAGUACCGCAACAAGCAGCAGCAGCACCAGCACCAGGCCUCGGCCGUGAUGGCCCUGAGCCCCUCGCAGAGCCCCCGCCUCAUGUCCAAGCUCCCGGGGCAGCUCCUCUCGGCACACGGGGUGCAGCAGCCCGGGGGGGCCGUGGUGGGAGCGCAGGGCCUGGGGCAGCAGCCGGGGCAGCCGGGGGUGCGCCUGUCGCAGGGCGGCGUGUCCAUGGCCGUGCAGCAGGGCCUGUCCUUCAUGGGGCAGCAGGCCAUGGGGAACACCCCGGGACCCGGCUCCUCCAGCGCCUUCUUCACCGGGAACCCCGCACUGCGCGGGCUGGCCGCCGACAGCCGCCUGAUGCAGGAGCGGCAGCUCCAGAGGAUGCAGCUGGCGCAGAAGCUGCAGCAGCAGAACAUGCUGGGACAGGUGUCACUGCCGCAGCAGCAGCAGCAGCAGCCGGGCAUGAUGGGACAGAGCUCCAUGCAGCAACCGGGUGUGAUGGGACAGGUGUCGCUGCAGCAGCCAGGGGUGAUGGGACAGGCGUCCAUGCAGCAACAGGGUGUGAUGGGACAGACCUCCAUGCAGCAGCCAGGAGUGAUGGGACAGGCGUCCAUGCAGCAAUCAGGUGUGAUGGGACAGGCAUCAAUGCAGCAAUCAGGUGUGAUGGGACAGACGUCACUGCAGCAAUCAGGUGUCAUGGCACAAGCGUCGAUGCAGCAACAGAGCGUGAUGGGCCAAGCUUCCAUGCAGCAGCCUGGUGUGAUGGGACAAGCAUCGCUGCAACAGCCCGGUGUGAUGGGACAGGCAUCCAUGCAGCAACAGGGUGUGAUGGCCCAGGCAGCCAUGCAGCAGCCAGGUGUGAUGGCACAGACGGCGAUGCAGCAACAGGGCAUGAUGGGUCAGGCGUCCAUGCAGCAGCCUGGUGUGAUGGGACAGAGCUCGAUGCAGCCCCAGAGCAUCAUGGCCCAGACGUCCAUGCAGCAGCCAGGCGUUAUGGGACAAGCUUCAAUGCAACAGGCAGGUGUGAUGGCGCAGACGUCGAUGCAGCAGCCAGGCAUGAUGGGCCAGGCGUCCAUGCAGCAGCCGGGGGUGCUGGGCCAGGCCCCGAUGCAGCCGACGGCCAUGGCGGGGCAGCCCGGCCUGCUGGGGCAGCAGCAGCAGCCCCCGACCCCCCAGCCCGGCGGGGCUCAGCCCAUGCUGCCGAAGGCGGGGGGGCUGCUGGGCAGCCAGCAGAGCCUGCUGGUGCAGCAGCUCUCACCCCAGCAGCAGCCGGGCGUGCUGGGCCACACGCCAGCACCGGGGCUGCAGCACCAGCCCGUGCUGGGCCACCCCCCGCCCCAGCGCCAGGUGCUCCUGGCCCCCCACCAGCAGCGGGUGCUGGGCUCGCCCCAGCUGGCACCGCAGACUCCGGGGAUGCUGAGCCACCGGCUCGUGCUGUCCCAGCAGCUGGGACAGUCGCGGGCACUGCUGACCCCGCAGCAGCAGCAGCAGCAGCAGAACUCAGCGGCCACCCAGCCAGGCCUCCUGGGGCUGGGCCAGGGGCAGCCCUCGAUCCAGCACUUUCCGCAGCACGGGGCGGGGGGCCAGGCCCCCUCUGUGCUGCACCUGAGUCAGGGAAUGCAGCCGGCCCCGGCGGUCCUGGCUGCCAAGGACCAGCCCACGGGGGUGGAUGGCAGCGCCCUGCCCGCCGAGGGCGGCGAGAGCGGGGGGCAGCUGCACGGGGAGCAGCAGGGACCCCUCAACCCCCAAGGGCUGGGGGGCCCAGAGGCUGUGGCCCCCAAGCACCAGGCUGAGCUGGGUCAGGGCCAGCAGCUCCUCUUGACCUCCCCACAGCCGGGAAUGCUGCGGGCAGCCCCUGGGCAACAGGGUACCCUGCUCGCCCCGCCACUGCAGAGCCCCGGGGCCGCCCACCCCGAGCUGUCCCAGCAGCACGGGGACACGGCUGGGGUGGCGGAGCCGCCACUGGGCUGCGGGACGGGCCCGGCACAGGGCAUGGUGCCAGCACCACGGCCCCCGGAGCAACCGGGCAAGGGGGCGGCAGGGGCCCUGCAGGGGCAGCCCCAGCAGCCCCCACGGCUCCAGAGCCCCGGGCAGCACAAAACAGGGCCGGCACCGGGCACAGCCACGCUCCCCCCGGGGCUCCUGGGGCAGGUGCCGGGGCCAGUGAUGGGCCAGAUCCGGGCGCAGCUCCAGGGUGUCCUGGCCAAGAACCCGCAGCUGCGGCACCUGACGCCGCAGCAGCAGCAGCAGCUCCAGGCCCUCCUGGUGCAGCGGCACCAGCAGAGCCUCCUGCAGCAGAGCCAGGCGCUCCGGACCCCCGGCCCCUUCCCCGGGCAGGCCCCGGACUACGGCUCGCCAGCUGCCCGCCAGCCCCCUCGCCCCAUGGGGUCCCUCUUCCAGCCCCGGCCGGGCACCCCAGCAGAGGCACAGACCGGCUUUGCCGCGGAGCCGGGGCGGGCACUGCCAGGGCAGCCCCCCCAGCAGCCCCUGGCAGAGCUGGUGCAGGCAGCCCUGGCUGCCCGUGGCCCCCAGCCCGGCCUUGUCCGCCUCCCCACUCCACCAGCCCCCUCGCCCCUGGGCUGUGCCCCCCAGCACCUGGUCAGCCCCGAGCAGAGCCCCCAAGAGCCAAAGAAGACGUCACCGGGGGUCCCGGCCUCGACCCCCAGCCCCGCGGUCGCUGCCCUCCCCGACCCAGCACAUGGCCCCUGGGACCCCGAGGCACCCGGGGUGGACCCAGCCGACCCCAGCGAGAUCCACAUCAAUGGGGCAGUGCCGGAGGGGGCCCCCGCGGCAGGCGAAGGCUCCCAGGUGUUGGUGAAGCAGGAGCCGAAGGAGGAGGCGGCGGCAGCGCCACAGUGUGAGCUGGACGGAGAUGAGACGGCAAAACCGGAGGCCAACGGGGACCCUGGGGCCAGCCAAGCCAACAACCUGCUGGCCCCGGGCGGGCGCUCCGAGGCUGGGCACCUGCUGCUGCAGAAGCUGCUGCGGGCCAAGAACGUGCAGCUCUCAGCACAGAGCCCGGGCGAGCUCAACGGGCACACGGAGAGCCGGAGUGCCGGGACGGAGCCACGGCCACAGCCGCUGCUGCUGGGCCGGGAGGACCCCUCCAUCGCCAGGAAGCCGGCGCCCACCAAGCCCAAGCGGGUGCAGAAAGGCAACGAGCGGAUCCCGGCGUCCCGCAAGAAGCUGCGGAAGGACGAGGGGCUGCGUCCCGGCGAGGCCCUCAUGAGACAGCUGAAACAGGAGCUGUCGCUGCUGCCGCUGACAGAGCCGACCAUCACAGCCAACUUCAGCCUCUUCGCGCCCUUCGGCAGCAGCCCCAUCAACGGCAAGAGCCAACUGCGGGGCGCCUUCGGCAGCGCUGUGCUCGACAGCGUCCCCGACUACUACUCCCAGCUGCUCACCAAGAACAACCUCAGCAACCCGCCCACGCCACCCUCCUCGCUGCCCCCCACGCCCCCUCCCUCCGUGCAGCAGAAGAUGGUGAACGGUGUCACAGCCCCCGAGGAACUGGGUGAGCAGCCCAAGGACACUGACCCAGCCCGGGAGCCCCACGGCCAGAAAGACACACCGGCCAUGGAGGUGAAGAGCCUGGACCUGCUGGCAGCUCUGCCCACCCCUCCCCACAACCAGACCGAGGACGUCAGGAUGGAGAGCGACGACGAGAGCGACUCCCCCGACAGCAUCGUCCCUGCCUCGUCCCCCGAGAGCGUCCUGGGCGAGGAGCUGCUCCGGUUCCCGCUGCUCAGCGAGGCCAAGCCAGAGCUGGAGGAGCGUGUGCUGUCCCCCAUCAUCCCCAUCAUCCCCCGGGCCAGUAUCCCAGUGUUCCCUGACACGAAACCCUACGAGGCCGUGGAGCCCUUUGGGGCCCCCCCAGGGAAGGUGGGGGCAGCAGGCCCAGGAGCCCCGUGGGAGAAGGGCAAGAGCAGCGAGGUUUCUGUCAUGCUGACAGUGUCUGCAGCGGCCGCCAAGAACCUCAACGGGGUGAUGGUGGCCAUGGCUGAGCUGCUGAGCGUGAAGAUCCCCAGCUCCUACGAGGUGCUGUUCCCCGACGGCCCCGUGCGAGCAGCCGUGGUCGAGGCCAAGAAGGUGGAGGCCGAUAUGGCUGGGAUACUCGGAGGGAAGGAGAAGGCGCUGGCUGGGAAGGUGCCGGACAGCAGCUCCGAGUGGCUGAAGCAGUUCGACGCGGUGCUGCCCGGCUACAGCCUCAAGGGCGAGCUGGACCUCCUGACACUGCUCAGACAGGAGAGCCCCGCGCCCGAGAAGACCCUUCACCACUGCUACGUCAACAACGUGUCCAACCUGGAUGUGCGGCAGCUCUCCGUCAUGCCCCAGGAGCCCUCGCCCCCGCUGUCCCCCUCCGUCCCCUCCCCGUCCAGCCCCGCUGAGCCCACCAGGGUCCCCGACCCCGAGGUGGCCCAUGAGGCUGCCCCGGCCCUGCCGUCGCCGCUGCUGCCGGCCCCCUCCCCGGCCCCCCAGGAGGAAGGGGCCGCAGCCCCCCACUCGCCGCCCCGUUUCAAGCCGCGCUCGCGGCCGCCCGAGGACGGGGACGAGGCGCGGCCGCGGCUGAAGAAGUGGAAGGGGGUGCGCUGGAAACGGCUGCGCUUCCUCGUCACCAUCCAGAAAGGGGGGGCCAAGCGCGACGGCGACAAGGAGAUCGCCGAGUUCAUCGACAAGCUGGGCACCACCCUGCGCCCCGAGAAGGUGCCGCGGGACCUGCGCAAGUGCUGCUUCUGCCACGAGGAGGGCGACGGGGCCACGGACGGGCCGGCCCGCCUGCUCAACCUCGACCUCGACCUCUGGGUCCACCUGAACUGCGCCCUGUGGUCCACGGAGGUGUACGAGACGCAGGGCGGGGCCCUGAUCAACGUGGAGGUGGCCCUGCACCGCGGGCUGCUCACCAAGUGCUCCCUGUGCCAGAAAACCGGCGCCACCAACAGCUGCAACCGCAUCCGCUGCCCCAGCGUGUACCACUUCGCCUGCGCCAUCCGCGCCAAGUGCAUGUUCUUCAAGGACAAGACCAUGCUGUGCCCCCUGCACAAGCUGAAGGGGCCCUGCGAGCAGGAGCUCAGCAGCUUCACCGUGUUCCGCCGCGUGUACAUCGAGCGGGACGAGGUGAAGCAGAUCGCCAGCAUCAUCCAGCGCGGGGAGCGGCUCCACAUGUUCCGCGUGGGCGGGCUGGUCUUCCACGCCAUCGGGCAGCUGCUGCCCCACCAGAUGGCCGAUUUCCACAGCGUCACCGCGCUCUACCCUGUGGGCUACGAGGCCACGCGCAUCUACUGGAGCCUGCGGACCAACAACCGCCGCUGCUGCUACCGCUGCACCAUCUGCGAGAACAACGGGCGCCCCGAGUUCGUCGUGCAGGUCAUCGAGCAGGGCCUGGAGGAUCUCGUCUUCUCCGACUCCUCGCCACAGGCCGUCUGGAACCGGAUCAUCGAGCCGGUGGCGAUGAUGAGGAAGGAGGCUGACAUGCUGCGGCUCUUCCCCGAGUACCUGAAGGGCGAGGAGCUCUUCGGCCUCACGGUGCACGCGGUGCUGCGCAUCGCCGAGUCGCUGCCGGGUGUCGAGAGCUGCCAGAACUACCUGUUCCGCUACGGGCGCCAUCCCCUGAUGGAGCUGCCGCUGAUGAUCAACCCCACCGGCUGCGCCCGCUCCGAGCCCAAGAUCCUCACCCAUUACAAGAGGCCCCACACCCUGAACAGCACAAGCAUGUCCAAGGCCUACCAGAGCACGUUCACGGGCGAGACCAACACGCCCUACAGCAAACAGUUCGUGCACUCCAAGUCCUCCCAGUACCGGCGCCUGAAGACGGAGUGGAAGAACAACGUGUACCUGGCACGGUCCCGCAUCCAGGGGCUGGGGCUCUACGCGGCCAAGGACAUCGAGAAGCACACGAUGGUCAUCGAGUACAUCGGCACCAUCAUCCGCAACGAGGUGGCCAACCGGCGGGAGAAGAUCUAUGAGGAGCAGAACCGUGGCAUCUACAUGUUCCGCAUCAACAACGAGCACGUCAUUGACGCCACACUGACGGGGGGCCCGGCCAGGUACAUCAACCACUCGUGUGCCCCGAACUGUGUGGCCGAAGUCGUGACCUUCGACAAGGAGGACAAGAUCAUCAUCAUCUCCAGCCGGCGCAUCCCCAAGGGGGAGGAGCUCACCUACGACUACCAGUUCGACUUCGAGGACGAUCAGCACAAGAUCCCCUGCCACUGUGGAGCCUGGAAUUGCAGGAAGUGGAUGAACUAGCUGGGAAAAACGGGACUGGGGGCCGCCAUCCCCGCCUGGGAGACCUCGCCGAGCCCCUCCCUGGGGCCACGGGAGGUGCCAGGGGCGGCCGGGCAUGGAGGGAGGAGCGGCCGCGGCGCCGCCGGCCCUGCCCGGGCGGGACAGACGGACGGACGAACUGGCAACUCAGGGUUUUCUUUGCUUCGUCCUGCGAGGAAAAAAACAAACAAACAAACAAGCAAAUGGAGUGGGGGGCUCGGAAACCCCCCCUUCAGCACCUCCCCCCCGCCAGCCUCCCUCGUGGGGGAGCCACGGGGGAGCAGCGCCGGGCCCAGCGCGCGGAGCCGGCCCGGAUAUAACGAUUAUUUUAUUCUAUUUUAUUUUAUUUUGUUUUGUUUUCUUUUUUUGUUUUUGUUUUUUUGUUUUGGUUUUUUGUUUUUGUUUUGUUUUUUUUUUUUAGAAACUAAUAAUAUUUGCUCGCUAAUUACCAAGGUAACACAGACUCCUUGAGCUCGACAAUCCGGGCUCUGCCCUGCCCCUGCCAGGGCGGCCAGAGCUCGCUCGGUUCCUUUUGAUCUCUUUUUGUUUGUGCGUGUGGACGAGACCCCGGAGCGGCGGCGGGAUGAGGCCAAGACCCCGACAGACACAAGGAGCUUCUGCACCCAAACCUACCUCAUUUUAAGUGUUAGAUUUGUUUCUUUUA